UCCUCCCCGCCGCCACUUUCUCCUCUGGUGGUUUGUUUCCCUGGUUCUCCGCUCCUCCUCUAUCUCGCCUCCGGCCGCUUCAUCCCGCUCGACUCUGCCAAGAUCGACGUCGCCGGCAGCAGCUCCUGCAGCCUCACGACGCAAACGUCCUCGACCUCCAUGCUCGCCUCCUCGGUCUCCAAGAUCGUCCCGCGUUCGGCGUCCAGAACACCGGCCAGCCUCCGCUGCUCGCGGCCGCGCGCCGUCAAGGUCGUCUCCGACGUCUGCGACCCCGUCGACAGGAACUGCGUCUUAGCCUUGUGUCCUCCACCUCCCCGAGCUUCACCAACGCCACCUGGGCCUCCUUCGUGCUCGUCCGCGUCUCAACUCCAACCAGUACGUCCGUCAAGUUCUCCGGCGCUGCUCUUCGUCGACCUCGCGUGCACCGCCAAGCUCUGCGAACGCCGGCGUCUGCUCGACCAAGAUGCUCCCGACGUGCUCUACCGCGCGCGCGUCCUGCGCGUCGUCCCGGUCCCGGCGCCUCGGCAAAGUCUCCGUCAUCGCUCCAUCACAGACGUCCACGACCAUGUCCGCCCUCAGCAGCCGCGAGCGCUCGCUGUCUCUCUCGGCCUCUUCGUCACCAAUUCCAUCCGGCUUCUCGAGGACGUACGUGGCGCUCCACGCCAUCCCCUUCACACAGGCCAGCAAAGUCCGUCAGUAUCCAAGCCACGGCAUGGCCAAGCGCAGACCGCCGUCGACGCCUCUGGCCGGCUGGCUCCGUCUGCUCCCGUCGCUCCUCCAUCCGUGGGAAUCGCGUGCAGCAGGAGGCAAAGAGCUGCUUUGUUGGUUCAGUUUGAUGCAGUACGUGAUCUCGCCCAGCUGAUGGGUACCACCCGUCAGUGUCUUGGGCUAAUCUUCCUCCGGUGACAAAUAUAGUAGCAUCCAGUACCAGUCAGCUUCUUCUUUGGUCCCGCAGGUCAAUCUCUGAGACAAGCUUUUUCAGAGUAACAAAGGUUUUACAGUUUUUUCUGAAAAUUGCAUAAAAUGCCUAAACUUGAUAAAUUCAUAUCUCUCAAACUAUAACUCAAAAUAAAAUGUUUUAUAUAUGAAAGUUUAUCACAAAAAUAUGAAGAACAUUAAUAUACCAUCUAUAUGCUUGUUUGCAUCUCGCAUCAUGUCACGCGUUGAUAGUUAUGCAUGUUCA